GUUCGACGAAGUGCAGUUACUAAUACAAUUGUCAGAGCUUAUUAACCUCAAAAAUGGCUUUUGAUAAAAUGGCAAAUUUUCACACUUUAAAGCGUCUACUCAUCGCUUUGGGCUUGUGGCAUGAAGGUAACGGUUCACGGUUUGAGCGACAUUAUCGGUAUUACCAGUUAUUCGUGCACACUACGAUUACUUUCACUUUUACAUUGCUCCUGGUCUUAGAAGUUAUGUACAGUGAAAGUUUGAACCACGCCAUAGAUGUGCUAAAAUUCAUUCUCUGUGAAGUGGCCGUUGUUUUCAAAGUACUCAAUGCCUGGUACUACGCACGAAAGAUAUCAGAAUUGGUGAAUGAAUGGGAGAGCAGUGAGAUAUUCGCAUUACGCACUAGCGCCGAAGAGCAGAUGUGGCAAAAAACACAAAUAAACUUCCACAAAUUGACAUUGAUCUAUAUCUGUACGGGAUUCAACUCGGCAAUUUGUGCUUUACUUAGCGUACUAUUAAUGGGCGCAUACGAACUGCCUUAUGCGCUAUGGACGCCUUAUGAUUGGAGCGAUACUUAUUUUUGGCCAAUGUACUGUUAUGAGUUUAUCGCGAUGCCCUUCACUUGUUUGUGCAACAUUACGAUUGACUUAUUCCAAGCUUAUUUGUUACUGCAUUUAACACUUUGUUUUCGGGUAAUCAGUAUGCGCUUGGAGCGGUUGGAGCGUGCCGGUACGGAAAACGCGAUCACCAAAGAAUUCCUAAAUAACAUUAAAAUGCAUCAGCGUGUGAAAGAAAUGGCUUUUAGCUGUGAGCAAGUCAUAUCACUGAGCAUGUUAACACAGAUAAUGCUCACUUUCCUAAUCAUUUGCUUCAUAAUCUACAAUCUACAAAGUGUGCACUUCAGCGAAAACCCUGUUCAUUUUUUAGCCAUGUUUCAAUUUGCACUGGUUGUAUCUCUGCAAAUGUUUCUACCUUGCUACUAUGGCAAUGAACUGACUAUAGAAUCUGAGAAACUGGGCAUUCACCUCUACAGCUGUGAUUGGACUGCUAUGUCUGCAGUCAAUCGACGUCUAAUUUUCUUCUAUAUGGAGUCUUUAAAAAAGCCAUUGGUGUUGUGUGCUGGGAAAUUUUUCGAGAUCGGCAUACCAAUCUUUUCGAAGGCCAUGAAUAAUACUUACAGUGUCUUGACUCUUUUGAUGAAUGUCAAUGAUGAUCAACAGCGUUAGUGAAUUCAAAUACAGUUUUAAUAGUAAAAUAACAUUUAACUUAA